AUUUUGCUGCUCUACAAUUUUUCCUUCAAUUAAUUUUUUUGUAUACUACACGCAUCAUACAACAAUGGGUGGAACCGCACACAAACCGUAUCCUAAGCACGUCUGGUCGCCCUCCGGAGGAUGGUGGGCUCAGCCUAAGGCGUGGAAGCGCAACACCAUUAUUGUCGGUCUGGGCAUGACGGCCUUCGUCGGGUUUGUCUUUAAAAAGUCUGCAGAGCUCGAGCAACGCACGCUGUACCCACGCGUGUGGAUUCCGUCGAUGAUGUGGUCCAAGCAGUUCAAGACCAAGGAUGACCCUACUUUCCAGCCCCCCAAGUCUCUGUAAAGCGCGCUUAUUUUUAUAUCUUUUGCGCUUUUUAAAUACAAGUCCAAAUA